UCAACGCAACGCUUUCAGCAAAUAGACGUCCCACAGCAAACGAUAGCUGCUGGCAUUCGAACCGCGUACGCUGCAGUGCGCCUCUAAAAGGCAGAGUUUUUGGAUUUCUUAGUGUUGAAUUGAAUUUAAUUGUGUGUCAUGCCGCCACCGAUAGUAUACUAUGAAGAUCCAUAUUGCAAUCGCCCUUAUUAUAACGAUCGUCGUCCAGGUUUUGAGAUUGAUAUUUUUCCCGGAGGAAUUGUCGAUGCGUUCUUUAAUCGGCCUCCUCCACCGCCGCCGCCUCGGACCGAGAUCGUAGUUAUGACUCAAGGUAAUGCUGCCGGUUAUCCGCCACCACCUCCACCGCCUCCGCCAUAUAUUCCGCCGCAAGCACCAUACUACAACAACAAUAAUGGCGGUUAUAAUAACGGCGCUGGCACCUACGGCUAUCCGCGACACUACAAUAACCCGCCCAAUCCGCGUUGGUAGCACUGAAAUGCUUGAGCGUAGUCACGUGAAAAUCAGUGACAGUGAAAAACUGAUUGAAGACCCACAUAUGUACAUACUUCAUUUCAAAUUCUACUAAGUGCUGUUUUUUAUUGUUUCUCAAUAAAAUUGUUUAAUAAUUUUA